AGCUUGCAUCGCUACCGUAUCUUGUGGUCUAACAUUCCGGUAAUCCCUGUCCUUUCGGUGUCGAUGUGUCGCAUAGAAAUAUGUGAUUUCAGCUCUCGCUGACGACCUUGUGGUAUGCGAACGCAGACACAUGUGAGACACGAUGACAUCAUCCGAUGAAAGUGUACAUAACUGAACAAUGCAUCACUUUGCGUUGUGUUCGGUGACGAAUUGACGAUAAUUAAUCAGCGAGAGACAGCUCUGAAUGGACCAUCGGUGAAGCAUGAAAACUCGUUGAAAUAUUUACAGAUUCUUCGGAGCUAUUCAAUGGAAAUUGUCUUUGCUCGCUUGAUCGCAUUCGUCAAUUUGUUUAGAAAUCUGCAUGCGCAUAUCUAUGCAUGCAUGUAUAUUGUUGCCUUUUAAUGCCUCGGUCAAUGGUUGCAAUUGUAUAGAUAUAGGGUAAACGGUCAAACGAAUCGAUUUUUACAUUGCAUCGGUACUGAAUCAGCUGACACUGAACACAACGCAUCUGGCUCUCGAGAAGCACGUGUAUUUAUUGCUCCGCUUAUCGAUGAUUUUCGAUGUCACUAAUUAGAACGUCUCAUUGAUUAACGACAAACUCGGACUGCUAAUCUCGAUUCUUCAACGUUCGUUCACCGUGCGAAGAGUAAUCAGUGCGUGAUCGGCAGUACGAGGAAAAAAGAAUCGCACGAACGAAAAGUUAUCGAGGUUGUACACAAUAAACGAGGAAACUGUCGAUUAGGGUCCAUGAAACUUAAUUCAAGGCUGUUAAAAAGUAGUGCAUACGCCGAAGUAGAAUCUAGUUUAAGGUAUCAUCCUAGCUUUUUUUUCUUCUUCAACUUGCGAUUCUUGAUUCCGAUCAAUCUGUUACACCGUUCGUAUUGCACUAGUAAUUUCUUAACAGGGACAUCGCCUUCGUAUUUACAUAAUCGCUUAGAUUACCGAUUAGUCGGUUAUUAACCAGUGGAAUAGAAUUUUUGAAAAUAAAUAUAUGAUAUCACCACAGAAAUAAUUCGUUGUAUAAAAAUAGAUGUACACGAUGGAACAGCAAGAUUUAAUUAUGGCAUCGACAAGAAUACGUAAAAUCUAAAAGCGUUUCCCUUUAUUAAUACAUAUUAUGUUGUGGACUAAUUAUCGAUUUUCAAUUAUCAGAUAUUACAGUUUCCACGAUGAGUCGAUUAUAUGGUUAAUUUAGCGAAAAAGUUAUCGAUCGUGGACGUGUCGCGAGACAAAGAAUUGUUAUCAAUAAAAAAUGUCGAGUUAUCGGGUAUAGCUCUCGUAUCCUCGCAUAAAGUUACAACGACCUUUACCAGGGGACAAUGACCUGACUGUACAAUAACAUUACACUGUCACGAUUAGAAUUUCGUGUCAUCGUACGAUCCUUUUCGUAACUAAUUACCGCUGCUGUUACUCCGCCCGUAAGGAUGUUGUCUCCACGCAGAAGUUUACCGACCGGGCGAUUAUGCGAACAUAACCUAAAUAUCAAAACAAUGCGCAAAUAAGACAAAGUGAAAUAUGAAUUCCCCGUAUGCAGCGCAACCACUCCUGCCGUCAUAUCCGAGUGCACCGCUACCGGCGCCUGGUGGGCUCCCGACGGGGCAACCCAAUAUGCCGAUGUCAGCACAAGGUGGUUGGUUGCUGCCGAAUACGAUCUGUCCGCCCGGCUUGGAAUACCUUAUGGCCCUUGAUCAUCUUUUCGUCCAGCAGAAGUUCGAAUUCGGGUACGAGCCGAAACACGAGUACCACGUGCUGAAUAUCAGAGGUGAGCCAGUGUUUUAUGCUACCGAGCAAUCCGGGAUUUGCGGACGUUGGUGUCUGGGCACGUAUCGGAGCUGUGAAUUCCAAGUGAUCGACGGCACAAGAAGGGAAGUUCUUCGAAUGAUACGGCCCUUCAGGUGUGACAGCUGUUGCUGUCCUUGCUGCCCUCAGGAAUUGGAGGUCUAUUCCGGUGACACGCUAUUGGGCUCGGUGUCACAGGAUUGGAGUAUAUGGCGACCUUCGUUCUCGGUUCGCAAUGCAGCCGGGGACACCGUGUUGAAAAUUAAAGGGCCGUGGCUCAAAUUUUGUAUAAACGUGGCAUUCAAGAUCAAGUCCGCCGACGGCGAUCAUACGGUCGGUGUCAUUCAGAAAGAAUGGAGUGGAGCAGUCAGGGAAUUUUUCACGGAUAUUGACAAUUUCGGAAUCGCCUUCCCCCUGGAUUUAGACGUGAAGAUCAAGGCCGUUUUACUCGGCGCUUGCCUCUUGAUCGACUUUAUGUACUUCGACUCAAAUCGACGUGUAGGGAAUACUCUGUAAAACUUUAUCCACACUGGACAAUGAGGACUGUUUGCUGUCAAUAUACACAUGUCAAUGUGAAGCAUACUAUGCCAUACUCGACGACGUCUGCCAUUUUAUAAUUUCUCGUAAGAUGAGAUAUUUUUGUAUACUCGUGAUUAAUUUAUUGCAUUAUCCGACGGUGGAUUUUUGAAACUAUACUUUAUAUUAACGAUCAAUAAUCCCUGUAAAGUUUACCUACGAGGAAUCACCCUCGAACGUGUGAUACGAUUGAAUCUGACAAGUUAUUUUUAUAAGUGUGUUUAGAAUGGUUAAUACAAGAAAUGUUUUCUUAUCGAUCGGAGGUGUAAUCGUUGAUGAUUAUUAUUCAGAAUAUUUGAAUUUAACCAUCGGAAUGAUUUUUAUCCAGGUCAGGACAUAUGUAUAUCCCCCCAAAAACAUUUGCAAUGGAAUGUAAAAAUAUCAAGUAGUUGAGUUCGAUUUGGACUCUGGUUCCCGCGAAAAAUUUCCAACAAAUUAAUCUAUAAAAAAUCUCCAUAUUAAUGAAUUCAUACAAACAAGCAUCCGGAAGAUAAUAGUAGAAAACAACUGAGUUUUCGACUGAGUUUUUUUGUGGAUUAAUAUUUCAUUUUUUAUAUUUGGAAGCACUUUUGGGAGAGUUAAAAUUUCUUGAAGGUUUUUUUAAAAUAAUUCAUUAAUAACUUUUGAAUGCUUCUUUGGUGGAUUAAUUGUUUUCUAUUAUUAUCUUCUGGAUGCUUGUCUGAGUGAAUUCAUUGAUAUGGAGGUUUUAUGUGGUUUAAUUGGUUGGAAAUUUUUUGCGGGAACCAGAGUCCGAAUCGAACUCAACUAUUUGGUGUUUUUACAUUACAUUGCAAAUGUUUAUUGGGCGGAUUUCACUUAUUUUUGGUAUUGCUAUGUAUUUUUGCGAGUGGUGUGUCGAAAAUCAUUAAUUGGAGUCUUUCUUUUAUAUCUUUUCGAGGUGUUGUAUUUUCAGAGGUUUGUUUUGUGAAUUAAUGUUUUAUCUUUUUCUGUAUUUAAAAGAAUUUCUAAUUAAACUGAAGCUUACCAGCAAAAAUACAGUAACAAUAGUAUACAUAAUGUACGCAGUAUACGUAACUGAAAAUGAAAAAUUGUAUGCUUGCACGUGAAAUUGAUAUCUCGAUAUCUCAGCUAUUUCUGUCUCUAUUGACAUGUUUGAGGACUUUUUAUACGCGCACGGUUACACUUAACAAUUGGGCAAUCAUCAAAAUUAUAAUAAAUAACUAUUAAAAUUGUUGGCCGUUUUGGUCAAGGAAAAGAGAUAUACAGCUAGCGUCGCGCGCCACUCGACUAUGUACUUGGCGCGAGACGCUGCCGCGUUUCAUGAUAUUACGCUCUGCGUGAAAUUCUACAUUUCAUAAUGUACAUAAUAAUUGUCUAUUUACGGACAAAGAGGCGCGUUAUUUUAUAAUACUUCGUUCAGAGACUGACAUGCCUCGGAUGUCGCAAUUGUAAGCGCGACCUUUUAUGUUGAUUUAUACAGAUUAAUUAUUGUACAAUUACAUUUACAGAUUGUAAGAACUCUAUUUAUGAUAUUUUUGUGAAUACUUAUAAAGGAUAUUAAUAAUUGGAAGAACUGCUAUUUGAUAGAAAUACAAAACUAACGUAUACUACA